GCCGGCCCAUAUCUCAGGUGUUUUGGGCUUCAAAAGACGAAAUGUCUCCGGCGACGAUUGGAGACGACUUCAAUCGAUGGAGGCUCUCAUCGCGUCCUACGGAGACGAUUCGUCGGAUUCCGACUCCGAAGUUCCUCUCUCGGCAAGAACCGAUGCGGUCCCAGCGUCAAAACAAUCGACGGCCACAAAGCUGCCGCCUCCUCCUGUCUCGCUUCUGACGCCUCCCAACUCCAUUGGAUCGACGGAUUUCUUCCAACCCAGUCAGCCGAGUCGACUGAGAAGCUUUCCCCACGUGGAAGGAAACUAUGCUGUGCACGUCUACAUCCCAGUUCAUAUUCCUCCUGCAUCAAAGAAAGAAGUUGCGCUGUUUCUCAAGCAACUUUCGCCUCUUGUACCGGACCUCCACGUCGUGGACGCCGAUGUUCCUUUGCACAUUCUUUGCCAGGACGAGCAGAAGCUCGAGCAGUUUGCGGUGGGAAGUGAGUUUCAUGUUAGCCUGGGAAGGACGGUGCCCAUUCGUGUUCAUCAGAUUGAUUCCGUGGUCUCGAUGCUUCGCCAGAAGCUUCAGUCUCCCAGACGGUACUGGAUCGACUUCAACAAGUGGGAGGUUUUUGUAAAUGAUGAUCAAACACGCACCUUUCUUUCAAUUGAAGUGGUUACAGGGGGUUUAGCUGAGAUCAAGAAACAAAUUCAUUCUGUUGAUGAAGUGUACAGGUUACACAAUCUUCCCCAGUUUUAUGAGGAUCCACGGCCACACAUAUCUUUGGCAUGGGCAUUGGGAGACAUCAGUGGUUCCUUAAAGAGAGCAGUGGAUGAAGAAGCGAGGAGGCCAGUUCUGAAGCGGGUAUUCACUUGUAAAUUUAGUGGCAUUGAGUGCAAGAUUGGUAACAAGGCAUACAAAAUUUGUAAACUCAGUGAUGAUUAAAGUCGGUGUUCGAUGUUAGACUUCAGGGGACUCUAUGUGUCAUUCUCUGUACAAGCUGUUCAAUACGAUACAUAACUGUUCUUGCCCAAUGAACAGCAAACCCCAUGAGUAUGGGGAGUAUUGAUAUUGAUGGGACAACAAUCUUCUUAAGUUCAUCCGGUGCGAUGGUGAUGAUUGACGUGUUAUAUGCAACAUACAUUGCCGUCAUGCAUAUCUGCAGCUCGAGUUGUAAAGGAAAUCUCUUUGUCAGGACAUUGAUCAUCAGUAGAGCGGUGGAGAAUCCAAUCGUGUUGAACACCGCGACCAUGGAGUACGCAACUGGAUUUCCUGAAGCCAGAACGGACUCCCCUGCAUUAUGUGGUUUUGUAUAGUCUGCGGUGGUGUUUUUCCCUGCUGCGUGCGUGUCUUGCCAGACGCCACCAGGAGGGUUGAUGCCGAUCUGGAAUGUCGCAGUGGCAACCAGAACUGCAAUGACCAAGAGCGCACUUCUGGCUUCGCUCGGAGAGUCUCUUCCCUUCUUGAAUUUGAAGUACUCUAUCAGCUCUUUUGCUUCUGCAGUUCGCCGACGUGGCACUGGUAGUGUCGAGUUGGAAAUGGUUACGGUUGUAUGAUCAGCUGAGUGUUGGGAUGUGGGAAUCUCUCUGGCGCUGGCUCGUAGUGCUCCAGCGGCUUGAAGGAUGUCAAUAAUUUCUCUGUCGCCUGCCUCACUUGGGAACAUGAGCAUCAAAUCUAGCGCCGUGAGACCUGCGUGGUUCAUGGCAUUUGCGUCUAGAGUGCCUGCAAUUCUGUUUCCCAGGAGCAAUUCAAUCACCUGGACCGAAGCGAACCUUUUAGCCCCUUCGAAAUUCAUCGGUCUCACUUGUAACUUGACAAACACGAAACCCAAAGAAACAUUGUAAAACACUUA